AACGGACGCAAAGUAAAGCGCGCCGCUCGAGACUUUCCUCGCACACACACGCAGUCUUCUGGUCGUGAAAGUAUCUUUCAGUUAGGCAGUGGCCCCACCCUUCGCCCCCUGAAUUUUGGCCAACUCAGACCCAGCAAACCGAAGCCAGGAGCAGCGUCUCAAGUCAGAGCAAACGUAAACACAGCUGAAAACUUAUUUAAGGACCGUUCUAAAAAGAGAAACAAGGAUAUGGUCAGCCCGACCCCUUUCGACCAAGUCAGUUAAAUAAAUAGUUUUCAGAGUGUGUGAAAUAGUGUCACAGUGUGUGUGUGUGAGUGCCCGUGUGUGACUAUUUGUUAAACCAUUAAAAAUAAUUAAGCCCAAAUAAAAACAAAAUAUAUAAAUCCGCGAAAACUUUUGAAAGAGCCAUAAACAAAUCGCACUCAACGAAAUCCGUUCAAAGCUCGCGCGCCAAUAUUGCUCCAAUUUACGAAAAAUAUAUUUAUCUAUGUAUAUAUAUAAAAAAAACACAGCUUGGCAACAAUUGCAUUGAACACUUGAACAGAAACAACAAUAAUAAUAACAACAACGACACGUAAAUAUAGAAAGCUUAACAAUCAAAUCCAACAACUACAACAAACGACGAGGGAUUAAAAGCCAGUAAACACCAGCAGAAACAACAAAUAAAUGUGGUGGGUGCAUUAUUGCCAUUAAACAUUUCGCGAGAAUGAUCCAAAAGCAGCCGGCUGGGAUGGCCAAAUGAAUCACGUCUGAGGAAAGGAAAGUGAGCUCCAUUAAGUGGACACAGAACCGGCGGAAUAGCCAGAACAAAGGCAGCACUAAAGCGCUUGAUUAACUCCCGGGAGCGACAGGUGGACACAGAGGCGAUUUUAGCGGCAUGGCACACUUUUGCUGGCUCCUCAAAUUCGGUUUCCUGCUGCUGAUGCUGUCCGGCUGUUGGACACGUCCCUCUCCUUUGCCAGGUGGACGGCAAAGCGAACUUAUUGCGGGUAAUGAGUUCCUCAAGCUGUUCCUCGAUCACGAUGACCAGCAACGCAGUCUCCACAGCGGAGAGCAGGACUUCGAAGGGCGCGGAGAGUCCGCACAUCCUCGACAGCGAGUGACAUCAGGAAGGAGUCUAAGCACGAGCAGAAAUCGGUACAGGAAUUCUCUUGGCACAGGAACGGCGCAAGAGACCCAGGACACCAAGCAGGUUGUCAAACUUGUUACCUCAGGCAGUAAGAUAGUGUUCCUGGAGGAUACUCCGAAGACAGUCAAGGGGAAGUCGAGUGAUGAGGUUAAGGUGGUGGCGGUUAGCGUGAGCUCCUCCAGCAAAAGAGGACCUCCCUCUGCCACCGGAAGCGGCGCAGAUUUUGUGAACCGAUCCCACAAGAGUGAACUGUCAAUUGAGGAAACAGAGCCCCGUUUGGCGGCUGAAUCGAUGGAUGGAGUUGAAGUUGACUCCCUGAACAGUGCUUCCAAUAUCCAAAGCGUCCUGGCAGCCCCUUUACUUGCUGCUUCUGCCUCAUCUACGCACAUGUUCAUUAAAAAUCAAAGUGAAAUAAACGAAGAGGAAACAGGAGCUGGAACAGGAGCAGGUUUGCCAUUUCAGACAGUGAUUUAUCACGACACAAAGAAGGGUCGGGGACCUCAGUCCCGAUCGAUAUCCUACAGCUCCAUCUCCCAGAAUGUGGACGACCUGCAGACGUGGCAACAGUCGAAAAGUGGCAUUCUGGCCGAGGCCCAGAGAAAUGUGAGCGAGAGCCUGAAGCAUGGUCAUGCCUCAGAACCGGCUAAGUUCUAUUCCGUUCCCUCGAAGAUGUACAGUGUGCCGAGUAAAUUUUACUCAGAACCUGCCAAAGUGUACUCCGAGCCCUCGAAGAUGUACGGCCAACCAGAGAAAGUUUACUCUGAGCCGGCGAAGGUGUACGGUCAGCCAUCGAAAUUCUACUCGGAGCCAGCUAAGGUCUACUCGCAGCCAUCGAAGGUUUACGGGGAACCGGCCAAGACCUAUUGGCCCCAAACGGUGAGCAGCAGCACGGCAGAAACUCCUUUGGCAAGCACCACUUCUCAUGGCGGUUUUUCGACAACGAGUAGCACCACUGAAAUUCCGCCUGUUGCAGCCACCACUUUCGUGCCCCCAAGAUCCAGACCACGACCUGCGAUUGUCUCGCGCAUCGCCUUUGGCGAGGCCCAGAGCACAACAACAGCCCCGGCCACUGCUGCAUCUACGGCAGCAACAUCAAGCAGCACGGCAGCAACACUAACCAGCACAGUACCAGCAACAGUGGCCAGCAGGGUCACCACAGUAAAGCCACCGAUCAGCACCCUAAAGCCCACUACCUGGCAACAUCAUUACCACAGCUACAACCACCAGCAGCCGCAGCAACAGCAACAAGCUCAUCCUACGCGCCGUGUACUCUUCAAUUUGGAUAAAUUGCCUUAUGAUUUAUUGAAUGCACCGCAACCGCAUCUAUUGGAGCCAAUUUUAUCGAAGCACUCAAGUCCGAGCAACUACCAACAGCAUCAGCAACAGCAACAGCAGCAUCCGUGCUGGGAGCAACGUCAGCAUUCAUCACUGCCGCAUCAACAUUCUAAUCAAAAUGCCAAAAGAUUGCCCAAUAGAGAUCUAGUCAAAUGUAUUUCCAAAUUUGCACACCAACAUGGAGGCGCAUCAGCACCGGUGGACCCAUCGGCGACAUCUACGGGAACUGGCGGCUAUUCGUAUAGUUCCAGCUCCAGCAGCUCCUCUUCCUUAGCCUCUGCGUCCUCGUCCUCUUCAUCGUCAUCGUCUUCCUCCUCAUCAUCAUCCUCGGCGACUUUGCGGCAGCAACAACAGCAACACUUUACCACCGAACACCCCGAGCUUUAUACACCAACCUCGGAGCAGAAUUACGAAAUUGAGGAGUCCGUUAGUGUUAUGACAAACGGACGAGCCCAUGGUCCGCAGGGUGGUGGUGCGGGGAUAGGUUUUGCAGUGGCCACAACGCCAGCCAGUCCAGCAACAACAACACCAAGCCCAGCCAGCGGCCGAGGCAUAAACAGAGGACGUGGAUCAGUGGUUUACAAUGCAAAUGCCAACGAUUAUUCAGAUGGCUCUGAAUCCGAUGGCGAAGGAGGUGAUGUCGGUGGCGGAGGUGGAUCAGAUUCCGCCGACGAAGACGAAGACAAAGUCGCUUAUGUGGUGGAGGGACGCAACUAUAGAAAAUACCGGGUGGAGGAGAAGACCGACGACGGCUUCAUUGUCGGCGAGUACGGAGUGGUGGACCACAACGAUGGCAACUUGUGGGGAGUGCGUUACACGGCCGACUCCACCAUCAAUCGCAGUCUGAUACAGAAGGCGUUGCUCACGUUUCUCAAGCUCAAGUAGGGGCCAAAAUGGUCAUCAUCCACUCGGAAAAUAAGAGAAAAGCGUUAGGGGAAAAUUGUCAUUAAUAAAAAAAGGCAAAAACACAGUAUUUGACAAAGAAAUACUUACGUAAAAAAAUUGACAUUUAGCCUGAAAAUCUUUAAAAAGAAAUUAGAUUAUUAUUUAAAAAACCCGCCCAUAAACAUUUAUGAUUUUCCCUUGUCGGAUAAAGUUAUUUUUUCGAGUGUACACUAGCACAAAGCACUCCCCACUGAAGAGACAUCGCUGCAAAGGCAUUCACAUGUGAUCCAAGUCGUAUUGUAGUUAGCCUAGAUAACCUAGAUAGCCUAAAUAGAUGUACCCUAGUUGUAUAGCCACCUAGUGGAGUUCCCACGAGAUCAGGACAUACAUACGUAUAUGCAUACUCCCUUGCCCUUGCCCCUGAGUUUGUGUCUGUGUGUGUUUGUAGUCAGUAAAUGAAUUUUGUUUAAUGCUUAGUUAAUGUUUCAUUUAAUUUAUUGUAGUUGUUGGUAUUGUAAUUGUACUUGUAACCGUAACCAUAACUCUAAAGCGAACCUAAUUUAUUCAGUUGAUCAGCUUUCGAAAUUCCACUGACCUAGCAACUUGCCAUAAAAUCCGAUGCGGGAUCGAUAUAGCAGCGAUUUAAAUAUAGCACCUACCAGCAUUAAGAGCGAGCGAUAAACAUUACAAAAAAACUAUCCUAAUUAGAGACUAAGUGAAUUGCGUAGAGAAAUAAACUAA